AGCAAUUCCCAUGUUUUUGCAUCGAAAGGACUAAAGGAGGCCUGGUUUCCCUGCUCCCGUAAGCCGCGUGCGCUCUCUCGCUCUCCCAGAGUCCCAGCGCGACGACUGGCGACCGCCGCCCCCACCCUGCGCCACGUGCCGAGGGCUUCGCCGGGCCCUUCGCCGCUCGCCGGCGACGAGCACACACCAGAUCCACCAAUCUCGGGCCUGUUCCCUUUCAAUACACGUGGGUUGUUGUCGAAAAUGAACCAAUGCCCCCCUCAAUCUCUCCCAACAUAAAUGGAUUGUGGAAAUUUAUAUUGUUUCUGAGCGAGGACUACAAUAUACAUGUAUUACAUCCACUACCUUCGUUCGUUAUCCGGUAUCCUAUACUGAUCGCCCCCUGCCUCAAGUGGAUCCACAAUGGUUCUGCCUCGUCGAACCCCAGAACUGCUGGAGGCCGAUGAAGCCCAAAGCUUUGUGCAUAAGCUUCAGCUCAGUGUCUCGGGGGGCCUUCCUCAUGCUGUGCCAGUGCCAGGCUUGAGAACAGAAGAACAUGAGCUGGUUAAAGCUGUUUUCCAGGUGCUGCAAGGCUUCGAGACGUCCUGGUUCUAUUGGGACAGUGAUGUGCCUUGGUACCGUGAGAAAGCGGGGAUAUAUGUGGCUCACUUGUCACUGACGGGUCUUAGGUCUUUGUUGAGUCCAUUCCUGUUCACGGCAACAUGCUUAAAGCAAGUAGAGCUUUUUGUUGGGAAGGUUAGGAUGCAACAUCACAAGAUUCCGACGUUGGAUGCGUUCGCUAGCUCGGUUGAUUCUUGGCUUAAGUCCAAAAUUCCAAUGACUGUUGUCAUAUUAUUAACAUCAGAGGCUCCGCAAAGCAGCUCUGAAGGAGGAAGAACAGCAAUUUGUUUCAGUCAACAAGACUAUAACUCUGCUGGGAUUAACUGAUUCAUUGUCAAGGUCAAACAUCACUAUGAUACUUCGCUACUUUUUAUUCCUCUAUAAUGUUAUUUGUAUGUGUUCACAGGUCUGUACAUUUUUAGGCAAGAACAUUUGAGCUUGAACUGUUCUAACUUGUUUUUUGUGAUGAAGUAUGUAAUUGAUUUUAGAGAGAUCAUUAGUUGUGGGCAAUGUGUCCUGGUGCCAUUUUGUAUAUUGAGUAUACCACAGGGGCUAUUCAUGCACUAUUCUAGCACUUGUCAGAUUUUGUUUUGUAAAACAUCAGUCACUCUGUAUUAAAUGUAUUGCAGUUUACGUUCUGGAGCAGAACAUUUGUCUCAAGUUUUGCAUGGAGCUGUGCCAGAUGGCUUUUGGGAUUCUGGUGCACAUAUGGCAUCUAGUGAAGUUGCAGUUCAUAUUCUUGACCAUCUCUUCAAGAAGUUAAAUGAAGUAUGUCUUCUGGAAGAUGGCGAGGGUGAACCAUUUCAUAUGCUGCUAGUGAUAUUUACUGGAAGUUUAUUACCUUAUCUUCAAUGUCUUGAUUCCUGGCUAUAUGAUGGUAUCCUUGAUGACCCUUAUGAAGAGAUGUUCUUUUAUGCAAAUAAUGCGGUUACAAUAGAUCAGCCGUCAUUCUGGGAAAUGAGCUAUAUGCUUAGAGUAAGAGGUUCAAGAGUUGACAGUUCAACAACUUUAACUGAGAGCGAAUCUAUCAAGAAAAAAGGAUCAAGCAAUAAGGAAUCUACUACUGCAGGAGCUUGCUUGAAAGUGAACAAUCAAGGUUGUGUGUAUAUAUUAUGCCCAACAUUUUUGAAGGAUGUUGCGAGGGCCAUUGUAUCUGCGGGAAAAUCCUUUCAACUUGUCGAACAUGUUCAAGACGUACAUCAGAUUCAAACUCACAAAAGUACACAUCGGUCCAAUUUGUAUCAAGAUACUAAUUGCAGUGGUCAACAGAAAUUUUGGCCAGAUAUGUCAAAUUUAAGAAUCCAUGAUGGUCCUCCAAGAAAUAAAGAUGCUCUUGAAGUAUCCACAAGUCAGUUUGGGAAUGAUUCUCGUGAAAUGGGACUCCUAACCUUGUCUGAGAUCUUCUUGAUAUGCAUAUCUGGUCUGUUAGAAAAUGGUGACCAUGUAUAUGAGUACUUAAGAACACUGCAUGCUGAUAAUGUUCCAAAUAACAAUGCUUUUAUGGAAAAUGAGAGCAACUUGAAAGAAACAGAGGGUACAUGCACAGGGAACAUCAUUGAGAAGACUUGGGUAAAGCUCCUAAAGGAUGCUACAUCAGGAAGGAAAUGUAAUGGCAUGGAGGAGACCAUACAUGCUGUUAUAGAUAAGGCAGGAUUUGCCUCUGGUUGCCCCAAAGAUGCAUCUUCCAAUGUCGUAGAAGGGGUUUUCACUUUAUCUUGUUACGAAAACCCAGCUAUCACUGCUUGCAGAGAAGUGCUAAUGAGGAACCCAGCUUCUUGGAGUGAACUGAAUAUAUCUGAAAGUUUUCAUCUCCCUCCACUGAAUGAUGGGAACAUGCGAAGAGCUAUAUUUGCUGAUGGGCAUUCUGCAGGAACUAGCACUGAUUAUAAGUUUGGUUUCCAGUUUGAUGAUCUGGAACAUGUCCGCCAAGAAGAUGACAGAAGGACCUUGGAGGACCUUUACGCAUUUCCAACCCUUCUUCCUUGCGCAAAAGAAAAUGCGCUGCUGUCAGAAAUUUUACCUAUGCAGAAAGAUAGUACACUAGCAUCGAGAGUUUUGAAGUUUAUUCAGAAUAUGAGCAUGAAAGAUCCCCUUCAGCCAGUGGGUAUCAUCCAAGAAUGCCUUUCCAAAUGUAUAAAGAGACAGGUCGAUCUCAUAGGCAAUCAAAUCCUGUGCAAGCUAAUGGGUGAAUGGAGAUUAAUGGAUGAACUGUUUGUGUUACGUGCUAUUUAUUUGCUAGGAUCAGGUGACAUGUUGCAGCAGUUUCUGAUAACAAUUUUUGAUAAGCUUGAUAGAGGGAAUUCCUGGGAUGACGACUUUGAGUUGAAUAAUUUAUUGCAGGAAUCCAUAAGAAACUCAGCUGACAAAAUGCUCCUGACAGCACCAGAUUCUUUGGUUGUUUCAUUAGCAAAAUAUGACACACACAAUGGUGAGGAAGGUAUAUCAACUUCCAAAAAAGGUCGUGCACUUGGUUUUGGCAUUGAUGCCCUUGACAUGCUGAAUUUUACAUAUAAGGUGUCUUGGCCUCUUGAUCUAAUUAUUAAUACAGAGGCACUGAAGAAGUAUAAUCAGGUAAUGGGAUUCUUACUGAAGGUCAAACGAGCAAAGUUCGUUUUGGAUGAAACACGAAAGUGGAUGUGGAAGGCCAGAGGCAGGACCGCGCACAAUUUCAAACAACACCUAAUAGUGGCACAGAAGCUCCUCCAUUUUGUCGAUGCAUUUCAUCAGUAUGUCAUGGACCGAGUUUAUCAUAGUGCAUGGACUGAGCUUUGUGAUGGCAUGACGGCUGCUACCACACUGGAUGAAGUCAUGGAAGUUCACGAGGCAUAUCUCUCUUCUAUUCAACGACAAUGCUUUGUGGCCUCUGAUAAGCUGUGGGCCCUCAUUGCCAGUCGAGUUAAGACUAUUCUUGGAUUGGCACUGGACUUCCACAAUGUAGAACAAACUCUCAGUACCGGUGGGACGGCUUCAGCUGUGAGGACACGAUGCGAGAUGGAAAUCGACCGGAUUGAGAAGCAAUUUGAUGAGUGUGUCAUAUUUCUCCUGAGGAUCCUAUCUUUCAAGCUCAAUGUGGGUCAUUUCCCCCAUCUUGCCGAUCUAGUUACAAGGAUCAAUUACAAUCACUAUUUCAUGUCUGAUAGUGGGAGCUUCUCUGCUAUUCCUGGGUCCCGGCCACGGUAGUAGACUAGUAGAGCAAGCAGUGGACAGAAUUGUUGGUGUUGCACCUGGGUGAUUUUUCCUACCCUUUUUUGAGAAGAACCAGAGGCGUGGUUUGUUUACUUUCGAAAUAGAAAGCUCCAGAACAGUGCUAAUGCUUCUCUCUCCAAAUUGGAACAAAAAAUCAUGCCUCGGGCUUGUUACAAUAUCUAUAUGUAGAUUGUUUUCAAAA